AUGGCCCUAUCAUCAUCAUCUUCCUCUCAAAAGGGCAUUGUAGUUACAGUCCCAGUCCUAGUGCUAUCUGCGACAGCCGCUGCAAUCUUCUUUCUCUUCCUGUUUUCCUCUAUCUCCUCUCCUCCAUCUUGUUCUUGCCGCACCACCGGUGAAUCCACCGUUGAGAGUACAGUCUCCGCCGUCGAAAGUGGCGGACGUCGGAUCUCGGCCACGAGGGAGGAUGUUGAAUGGGUCAAGAGUCAGAUCCAUGAGAAUGGACUGCAUAUGCAAGACAAUGUGCUCCGUAAAGGCAUAAAUCCUCGCACUCGCGCUCAACAGCUCCAAGAUUUGAUCGGAUUCAAGGGCAUAUCACACUAUGAAGGGGAAGAAGCAAACAAUCACACGGCUCUACCGUGCCCUGGUGAGCUUCUGGUGGAACAGCACCACAGCAACUACGGUGAGCCCUGGGCGGGUGGGCGAGACGUGUUUGAGUUUCUUGCUGAGUCUACCCAUCUAUCGCCAGACUCACGCGUUCUGGAAAUUGGGUGUGGCACACUUCGCGUAGGCUUGCAUUUCAUCCGUUAUUUGGACCCACAACACUUCCACUGUCUGGAGCGAGACGAGCUUUCGUUAAUGGCCGCAUUUAGGUACGAGCUUCCAUCCCAAGGUUUAUUGCAUAAGCGGCCUCUGAUUGUGAGAGGUGAAGAUAUGGAUUUUAGCAGAUUUGGAUCUGGUGUUAUGUAUGACUUGAUAUAUGCCAGUGCGGUUUUUCUUCAUAUGCCUGAUAAACUUGUUUGGUUUGGAUUAGAGAGGUUAGUGGGUAGGUUGAAACCUCUAGAAGGUCGAAUUUUUGUAUCACAUAAUAUAAAGUUCUGUUCACGGCUUGGGGGAGAGGAAUGUACAAAAAGGUUAAAAAGUAUAGGGCUCGAGUUUGUUGAGAAGCGCACACAUGAUAGUUUACUUUUCAAUCACUAUGAGAUUUGGUUUGAAUUUAGGCGAACUAAGGCUUAGGAAUUUCUGAAUUCGAUUUAUUGGUUGUCUGUAUCACUGAGAAAAGUAAUGAAGCUUCAGCAGAUGGAAUCUUUCUGCGUUUUGGGCUGCCCCUCGUUUGGCAACAUUCUUAUGUUUGGUCUCUAUAUAAUGUCGAUGUUUGUUGGUGGAAAAGAUAAGUUUGGCUUAUUACCCUUGUUGGUCCCGUUAGUAUUUGGAGGGUGCACUAUGGGGAAGAACAUAUGUAACCUAGAUUCUCCAGCUAUUUAUUGCAGAUUGUGAAAUGGUGAGAAUUAUGCCAUAUUUGGGAAUUCCCAUGUGUAAUUUGUAAUCAACAUUUGAAAUGCUAGUUGCAGCAAAGAUUUUAAUUUGCAGAUUUGUGCCAUUUAGUG